AUGAAGAUGUGCAGAAUGCUGUGGCAGCCGCUGCUGCUCUGGCUGCUGCUACUCCAAGUGCAGCAACCCAUCAGCGGCCUGGAACAGAGCACAGACUACUCGGCGGCGUCAGUGGCCACCACCACAGCAACGCCACACACAGUGGUGCCCCCACAUUUACGCAGCUUCAAGGGUCGCAUUCAGACCACAACACCAACGUCGAGGACAUCGAAGGACGCCCGCCCCUUGGCCACUGGCGCUGAGGCGCAGCAGGAACUGGUGGGCCAAAUCGCCUCCAAAUCGUACAUUUCGGGACCCACCACACAGGCCUCGAAGCUGUCCAAGCGUGCCGGCCUGGCCGGGCCCAAAAAGUUUCCCAAAGAUGUGCGAAAUCGCAGCAGCGUCGCCGUGGAACGCAACAAAUUGCAUCACGAUGUGCCCGAUCAUGUGCCCGACUCCUCGGGCUACAUACCACAACGCAUUGGACAUCCAGUGCAUUUGGAUUAUGGCUCCACGGGUGUGGAUUCCAGUGGAGCGCCGACAGGCAGUGGUGCGGGCUAUCAUGCACCGCCCUACGAGGACAACAAAUGGCACGAGGAGUACUGGGAUCAGGAGUACGCCGGUCAGCAGUUUCUGCACAACAGCACGAGGGUGCAACACAUUGAAGCGGAGUGCCAGGAUGAUUACAUGAAGAUACGCAUUGGCUUUAAUGGCUCCUUCAGCGGCUUGCUCUACUCUGCGGGCUAUGCCUAUGACCCGGACUGCAUGUACAUCAAUGGCUCGGGUCGUGACUAUUACGAGUUCUACAUACAACUAAAUCGCUGUGGCACUUUGGGCAAGAACUCACUGCAGGAGGAGAGUCGCAAGAAUCCAACUAACUUCAUGUGGAACACGGUCACAGUGCAAUACAAUCCCCUAAUUGAGGAGGAAUACGAUGAGCACUUUAAGGUCACCUGCGAGUAUGGCUAUGACUUUUGGAAGACGGUUACCUUUCCCUUUCUAGAUGUGGAAGUGGCCACUGGCAAUCCUGUCGUCUUCACACUGAGUCCACCCGAAUGCUACAUGGAAAUACAGAAUGGCUAUGGCAUUGGUGGGCCGCGUGUGACGGGUCCAGUGCGUGUGGGCGAUCCACUGACCCUGAUCAUCUACAUGCGAAGCAAAUAUGAUGGCUUUGACAUUGUGGUCAACGAUUGCUAUGCACACAAUGGCGCCAACAAGCGGAUACAGCUCAUCGAUCAGCAUGGCUGUCCGGUGGAUGACAAGCUCAUCUCACGCUUCAGGGGCUCCUGGUCCGAUGCGGGUGUCUACGAGACGCAGGUUUAUGCGUAUAUGAAAACAUUUCGAUUCACUGGCUCCCCGGCACUCUACAUUGAGUGUGAUGUCCGCAUGUGCCACGGACGUUGUCCGAGUCAACCCUGUCACUGGCGCAACCUGAAAGCAGUCACUAAGCGUGACACUUCCAACAUGACGGCCACGAAUCUCUCGCUCCCACCACUGUCCACCGAUGGCGAAGGCCUCGCUGCCCUCACCACAGAGAGUCCCUCCGCACAGAAUUCUCUCUCGGAGAACGUGAACCUCUUUCAGUCGCUGCGCGUGCUGCAGGAGGGCGAAAACGAUGGCGAUGAUGUCUAUGCCCAUCGGCAGACGAAGCCCCCGGGGCCGCAUCAGACCUGCCUGAAGACCAGCACCUUCUCGGCGCUCACAGCCGCUGGCUCUGCCCUGCUCUGUGUGCUGACUGUGACGCUGUUCAUUGCCUGCUCCCGGCUGAAGCGGCGCAACGAGUCAACGCUCUACGACUCCUACAUAGCGCACAAGGGUCAAAUCGAUUGA